ACUCAGCUCAUCACAUCAGGUUGAAGCCGCUGAGGAGAAACAUGCUGCAGCUGAAUGAGACGGACUUUCACCUCCCGCUGUCCGAGUUCAGCUUCGAGCGACGCUUCGACGACAGAGGAGCGAUUCGGUGGAUGCAGGCGAACUGGAGUAAGUCGUUUGUGUUCAGCGCUCUGUACGCCGCCCUGGUGUUUGGAGGUCAGCACUACAUGAAGCCUCGGCCCAAGAUGAACCUGCGGCGGCCGCUCGUCCUCUGGUCGCUCAGCCUCGCUCUCUUCAGUAUCAUCGGUGCGGUUCGGACCGGCUCCUACAUGCUCCACAUCCUGAGCAGCAGCGGCUUCAGACGCUCCAUCUGUGAUCAGAGCUUCUACAGCGGACCGGUCAGCAAGUUCUGGGCCUACGCCUUCGUCCUCAGCAAAGCUCCAGAGCUCGGUGACACGGCGUUCAUCGUGCUCAGGAAGCAGAAGCUGCUCUUCCUGCACUGGUACCACCACAUCACCGUGCUGCUCUACUCCUGGUACUCCUACAAAGACAUGGUGGCCGGCGGCGGCUGGUUCAUGACCAUGAACUACGCCGUGCACGCGCUCAUGUACAGUUACUACGCGGCGCGAGCGGGCGGCGUGCGCGUGCCGCGCCCCUUCGCCGUGCUCAUCACCAGCGCUCAGAUCGCUCAGAUGGCCAUGGGGCUGACGGUGAGCGGGCUGGUGUACGGCUGGAUGCAGCAGGGAGACUGCCCCUCCCGCCUCGACAACAUCACCUGGGCCGCGCUCAUGUACCUCAGCUACCUGCUGCUCUUCUCCAACUUCUUCUACCAGACGUACCUGCGGCGCCACGCAGCCGACGCCAAGGCCCACAAGACCGAGUAGACGAGGACGAGGAGCAGAGUCUGGUCUCUGUCCACGACUGACAAACACACACAAACUUAAUCUGAUGUUUCUCAGAGUCCAGUAUGGAAACUCCUCUGACUGAGGCUCAGAGCUUCACAGCAGGUGUUAGGUACAGGUGGUACAGGUGGUACAGGUGGUACAGGUGUCUUCCUGUUUCUAACACACUGCAACAUGAACUCACUCCGUCCUUGAUCCUCAACACUGAUUAAAACCUAAACUAGUCUGAAAUGAUUUGAUUCUUCAGUCCAACAGGAAGUGAUAGCUCAGGUGUGUUCAGGUGUGUUCAGGUGUGUUCAGGUGUGUUCAGGUGUGUUCACAUGUAAAGCAGGUUUAUCUUUGUCUCCGCCCGUCCUCGUGUUCAUCACACCCACCAACACGCCCGUCACAUUCCUGCAGGCUGAUGAAACCAGACACUCCCGACCUCCUCAGACUGGUUGGACUGGUUCCUCCUCCCUCCUCCUCCCUCCUCCUCCCUCCCUGCUCAGGUGAGACAGGAGCCAAUCAGGAGGAGCUCAGCAGGUUUUAAUGUCACCGGGUGUCUGACACUGUUGUUGUUGUUGUUGUUGUUGUUGUUGUGCACAGAUUCUCACUGAGGUUCACAAACAUGUCGAGUGUUGGGAGGGGAUUUCAGCUCAUUGAUCGAUCGGUUAUUGAUCCUGUACAAACACAAACUGAUCAGGUGAUUUCUAAUCUGAUGAAUCAGCAGCAGAUCACCUCACCUGAUCAGCUGAAUCCAGAUGUUUCCCUGAACGUCAGUCAGAGGUUUUUUCAUCCUGAUGUUUUUAUUGUUGAACUGAAACGUUGACCUUCACCUCUGUAUUUAUUGAUUUGUAUUUGUAUUUAUUUGAUGGAUGAUGGCUCCUGAUCGGCAGCUGGACACGUCUCAUUUCACUUCAUCACCUCAGUUUAUUUGAACCCUGGAAAACACCUGGUGAACAUUCAUCACUGUUCAGUUUAUUUUCCUGUUUUAAACGUGUGAACGAGUCGACGGACGAAUCAGGAAGUUUCUGUUUCUCUGAAUCAGUUUGAAAAGACGACGAAAAACCGUCAGAUUCCAGUGUUUAAUUUAUUGUUUGAAAAAGUUUAAUAAACGUUUUUCACUAAAA